UGACGCCCCCUUCAAAACACACUACCCUGGGGUGUAUUUCUCGUGCUUCUCUCCAUUUUGAGCAAACAUGUCUCAUCGGAUGCAUGUUCCCGGUUCCGCAAUUACCCGCGACUAGGGUAAUGAUACGCUUGCCGAAAAAAGAAAUCAAACAAGGCGGCAAUUCGGAGUGUAAAUACCUCUUCGGGGGUUUCAACUAGCGUGCGUCUUGCACAGUGUCUAUUCAUGUCUCUUCCUUCAGAAUCUACCGCUCGAACGAAAAUCACUUCUCUCUCGAAAAUGUCGACUGCAUAUGUGCCCCCCUCAGAAAUCAAUGCCUUGGUGGAAAGCAUCAACAAGGCCGCUGCCAAUUUUGAAACAGCCGCCAUAUCUCAAGGCGAUGUACACCUUGCUCGGAAAAGGCUUCAAUAUGAGGCUCACAAACUUUUAAGCUCUUUGGAGGAACCAAAUGACGAAGUGUGGUCUCGAACUUUCCAAGUCAAUGUCAGUGCCUCCCUCGAAGUCGUAUCCCAGCUCAAGCUAUGGGAAAAAUUCGAAGGCGGAAAAUCAGUUGCUCUCUCGGAUAUUGUGGCAUCCACGGAGGCAGAUGAAAUAAUCAUCAUUCGUCUAUUUCGUCAACUCACUGCGGCCCAUCUGUUUGCCGAAGAUAUUGGACCUAAUGGCCCUACAUUCACUCUCACUGCCCUCGGUCGACCAUAUUUACAUCCUGAUCACCGCGCAUUCAACAACUUCAUGUUCUUCGAUCUUAUACCCUCCAUAAUGGCCAUGCCAAAGACUCUGGCGGAGAAGGGGUACAAGGCAGCCACAAAGUCGACGGGGACACCGUUUGAAUGGGCUCAUGGCGAAGAGCUCUGGACUUGGAUAGGCGCUCGUCCUGAUCGAGCAGCUAACAUGGUUGCUGCAAUGACGUCACACAACGCCCUGAAUGCCUAUCCAUGGGGAGCCGAGCUCACGAAAUUGGGCCUUGAAGACCAAGAUGUAGCGGUUGUGGAUGUUGCUGGCGGUCAAGGUCAUAUCAUGUCUGAGGUACGCCGAAACAAUCCACAAAUUAAGGGACGGUUUAUUGUUCAAGAUUUGCCUUCUACGUACGAAGCAUUCCCUACACCACCAGCCGGUAUAGAGUUUAUGGGUUAUGACAUCUUCACUCCCCAGUCAGUCAAAGGUGCUUACUUUUAUCAUUAUCGUCACAUCUUCCAUAACUGGAGCGAUGACGACUGCACCACUAUUCUAGAGCAGAUUGUGCCACUACUCAAAACGCAGCCACAGAGUAAACUAUUACUAGUGGAUGUGGUGCUACCAGAUACCGAUGCAACCAUGCAAGAUGCUAUUAUGGAUAUUUCCAUGUAUCCCAUGGGAGGGCUGGAAAGGACGGAAAGCCAGUGGAAACUGCUGCUUGCACGGAGUGGUCUAGAAAUCACGAAGAUUUGGAGAGGAAGUGAGCCGGAAGCAUGUAUAGAGUGCAAAAUAACCGAGUAGCACUACGAUGCGUCGUUUAUUUCAAUCUGAAUGCAUUCAUCUACCCUUUU